AUGUCCAAGUUCUUCAAGCACGGUGGCUCGGCUGAGGCCGCCCCGACUGAUGUCAAAGGCCCCGAUGCUGCUCAGGAUGUCGAUGAGGGCUCUCUCUUCCAGGUGCGCCAGGCGAAGCGCCAGAUUGGCGUUACGUCUGCAGUCUUCCUCAUCUUCAACCGCAUGAUCGGAACUGGCAUCUUCGCGACGCCCAGCGCCAUCUUCUCCCUGUCCGGCAGUGUUGGUUUGUCCCUAUUCAUCUGGGUUGCGGGUAUGUUGAUUGCGGCCGCGGGUAUGGCUGUGUACUUGGAAUUUGGAACUGCGAUACCAAGGAAUGGUGGCGAGAAGAACUACCUGGAGUUCGUCUACCGCAAGCCCCGCUUCCUGGCCACCGGACUGUACACAGGCUACGUGAUCUUGCUCGGCUGGGCCGGUUCAAACUCAGUCGUCUUCGGAGAAUACAUUCUUCAUGCCGCCAACGUCGAGGUCAACCGAUGGAACCAACGUGGGAUUGGACUCGCCUGCAUCACAACCGCCUUCCUCAUCCACGGCCUGGCUUUGAAAUGGGGUCUGAGACUCCAGAACUUGCUCGGCAUCAUCAAGCUCGGUAUCAUUCUCCUGAUCGUCGUCUCAGGAUGGGCUGCACUCGGAGGAGCUCUCAAGAUCGACAAGCCGAACAACUUCGACAAUGCUUUCCAGGGAACAACUGGAAGCGCGUACGGUGUCGUCACCGCUCUGUACAAUGUCAUCUGGAGUUAUAUUGGAUACAGCAACGCAAACUAUGCGCUGAGUGAGACGAAGAACCCGGUUCGGACACUGAAGAUUGCCGCUCCGUUGGCUCUGACCUCCGUCGCCAUCCUAUACAUGUUCGUCAACAUCGCCUACUUCGCCGCCGUCCCUGCCGAGGAGAUAAUCUCGUCGAAGCGACUUGUCGCUGCGUCUCUUUUCCGCAACGUCUUCGGUCCCAGGGCUGAGCGUGCGCUCUCAGUCUUCGUUGCCCUCUCCGCUUUUGGCAACGUCUUGAGCGUCAUCUUCUCUCAGGGUCGUCUCGUCCAGGAACUCGGCCGUGAAGGCAUCCUUCCCUUCUCUCGCUUUUGGGCCAGCAACAGGCCCUUCAACGCUCCUCUUGCGGGUCUUUUCGAACACUGGCUCGUCUCAGUGAUUAUCAUGCUUGCGCCCCCGCCAGGCGAUGCCUACAACUUCAUCCUCAACGUCAUCUCCUACCCUCUCGCUAUCGUCAAUGUCUUCGUCGCCGGCGCCCUGAUCCACCUCUACCUGCACAAGGCAGCCUGGCAGUGGAACCCACCGAUCAAAGCGACUCUCCCUGUCGCCGUGUUCUUCCUGCUUAGCAACAUCUACCUCACUGUUGCGCCUUUCGUGCCACCAUCUGACGGCAACAGCGUGUACGAGUCGCUCCCUUACUGGCUGCACUGUGUUGUCGGCAUCGGUAUCAUCGUCGCUGGAGGCGUGUAUUGGGUCAUUUGGGCAGUUCUGUUGCCGAAAGUCGGCCAUUACAGGCUUGAGAGGGAAGUCGUUGUGGAUGAGAUUGAUGGGUGGGAGAGGCAUGUCUUCAGACGUGUGCCGAAUUGA